CCCCGCGUUGCUGUUGGAGGGAGGCGGCAAAAGGAGGAAUUAGUUUGUUCUAAUAGCAAGAGGUUUGGGACAGUGGGGUGUUGGGUUUUUUUUGUGGAGUCCUUCUUUUUUUUUCUUACAGGAUUGCGGAGCGGCAGCUUCUUUCUCAUGCCAGGGGUGGCCAUUCAGCAGGCUUUAGCUUUGGGAUGGAGUGGUGAAGCCUUGUGUGCAAAGAGCAGAGCGAAACACGUGUCCAGGUGGGAAAUUUAGCAUUCAGACGACGGUGGACUGAUGCCUUUCAUACCAAGGCAUAGGGUCUCAUGAAAUGGCUAUUUAAAAAAAGACGCCGAAGAAGCAAAGCUGGUGCUUUUCAGCUAUUCAGACAGGCGACUUCUGGAGAUUACAGUUCUCCUAGAGUUCUCUGUGACAUCUCUCCUUUGGCAUGAAGUGCAUAGUUACAGGGGGCAAUGUGAAAGCCCUGGGGAAAGCAGUACAUGCUCUCUCCCGAAUUGGAGAUGAAAUCUACAUUGAGCCAGUAGAAGAAGGGUUGUCUUUGCGUGCAAUAAACACAUCUCGCUCUGCCUAUGCCUGCUUCCUCUUCACCCCACUCUUCUUCCAGCACUACCAGGCUGGGGAACCUGGAUCAGACCCAGAUGUCGGUGCUUUCCGAUGCAAAGUGCUCAUGAAGUCUUUCCUAGCUGUAUUCCGCUCAAUCCCUGCUCUGGAGAAGACAGUGGAGAAAUGUCUCAUGUCACUGACUCCCAAGACAAACCGGUUCCGCGUUCAACUGCAUUGCAAAUAUGGGGUUGUCAAGACUCACGAUUUGUCAUUCCAGGAAUGUGAAUUGUUACAGGCUGUUUUUGACAAAACGCAAUACGCCCAUUUGCUGCGUGCUUCUCCCAGGCUAUUAGCAGAUGCUGUGGUUCAUUUCCCACUUAACCUGGCUGAAGUGACUCUGGGGGCCAGCCCUAAUGGGAAGGUGACUCUCCGUAGUUACCUAGAAGAAGAGACAGAGCCAAGUCGGAUGAUGGUGACGGAAAUGUGCCUGAGUGAGGACGAGUUCCAGACCUUCCACAUCAAGCAAGAAAUACAAGUCACUUUCUGCCUUAAGGAAUUCCGGGGUUUCUUGAGUUUUGCUGAGUCCUCAAAUCUUUCCCUCGAUAUCCACUUUGACAUACCUGGCAGGCCAGCUAUCUUUACUGUGGAGGAUCCUGUGCUGGAACUACAACUGGUCCUGGCCACGCUUUCCGAAUCAGAAAGCCAUCUGCCAGCCAACACUCACAAGCCGGUUGCCCCAGCCAGUGACUUUACCAAUGACGACAUUGAUACCUACAUGAUAGCCAUGGAAACCACAUGCGAUGAAACGGAACCAUCUCCCAGCUCUGCUUUCGCCACAAGACGUCCCAGCUCUGAAACCAGGGAAUCAGAGAGUGAAAAUGAGGAUACCGUCCUUGGCACACCACCACAAAAGAAGUUUCGUUCCUUAUUCUUUGGAUCAGUUUUAAGUGACUCCCAGGUGAGAACCCGUUCUUUUUCCAGCCAGGACGUACUAGCAGAGGACAGUGAGGGAGAUUCGUGAGCUCAUCUGGAUUGUUGUGCGUGCAACACAACUCUGAAUCCCAAGGAAUCUUUGUCGGGUUAGGAUUCUAAUCUAACCUGCCCCAGCAAAAUACUUUCUGACCAGAGACAGCUCUUCAUUGGCAUUUUUUAAUUAAAUGAACAGUGUCAUGGAACUAGUAUUUCUAGUGUAGAAUUAUAACAGAACCAUCAUCACUGCUUUUUUUUUUUUUUGAGAAGCAGAAGUGUAGGAGAUGUUUCUUGCUUCGGGUUUGCAACUAAUGUAAAGCUCUAAUACAUUUGUUUUAUUAAAAUAUAUAUAUAUAUAUA